GCUACUGGUGGUACUGGUAAUCCCAUGGAUGAUGACGAAUACCUUUCCUCAGACUACGGAAGCAUCAAUGGUGAUGAUUCAGACAGUUAUGAUGGUUCAGAAUCAGAUGAGCCGCCAUCAUCUGAAAAUGAAGAGGAGACUGAGAGUGAAUUAGAGUUUGAAGACGAAGAACCUGGAGCAAAGCAGAAGCGGGUCCACACCACACUUGAUAAGUUGGGAUCCUUCAAGUUCACUGCCCAAGGUACCAGGGUCGCAGUCUACUACGAGGACAACGUUGGGAAAACAGAAUGCGCCAUUGGAGAGGUUGUGAAGGUCAUCUCUCCAGAAAGUGCUGUGGUGAACUUCAUGGAAUGUGUACGAAAGAACUCCUACCAUUGGCCUGGAUCUCCUUACAUUGACACUAUUGCCAGUAAAUUUGUGGUGGACUCCGAUUUCCUGAUGACGACUGCAACAGGCAGAAUGUGGACAGUUGUAAAUCAUAAAGCACUGGCUAAAACAUUCUCAGCAUAUGUGAAGAAGUACAUUACAGUCAACCUCGCCUAA